AUGAUCAUAUUUUCAUUGAUAAUCUCAAUAGCAAUAGCAUGCAAGUAAUAAAAUAGAAAUAACAUUAGAUCAAUAAGUGAAUCUGAAUCUAUAAAUUUAGAGAAUGGAAAGAAAUAAGAAUUAUGUUUUAAGGUGAAUACUAAUCUGCCAACAAUAGUUUAAUUAGUUAAUUAUGAAGAUGAAGGUUCAAAGAAAAAAAAGAAAAAGGGAAAGACUAAUAAAGAAGAAGAAGAGGUUGAUGAAAAUAUAUUAAUUUAUGGUAUUAUUAGUGUUUCUAUAUAAUUUAGAGGAAGUUAGUUUAGGAUAGUGUAAAUUAAAACAAGGAUAAAGAAUAUGUUAUUUUGAAUAAGGUAAGGAUAAAUUAGAAGUUGAUUUAAAAUGCACAAAGGGACCAUGUAAAUUCAAUAUAAUUGUUAUGCAAGAUGAAAUAAAAUAAUUAUAGAUUGGAACAUAAUAAAAAUCAAAAUUAAAAUUAUUGAAAAUUGCAUAGAAUUCAAAUUAUAGAGUAGUAUAUUCAAUAAAAUGUAAUAAUUGUGUAAUGAAAUUGAUUGAUGCAAAUCUAUAUUAUUAUGGAGAAUAACCAACUAUUAUGUAUAGAGACACAAGAUAUAUAGCAGUAUUUUAUGAUGGAAUAGAUAGUGAAACAAUUAUGGUUUUAACUGGAGAAUAGGAAUUUGAAAUUGAAAGAUUUGAAUAUGUAAAAUAAUAAAGAUUAAAUAUUAAUUAAGUAAUGAUAGAUGCAUUAGAGAAAUCUAAAAAGAAUGAAUAUGUUAUUGAAGGUUUAAAAGUAAUAAAACUUAAAUCUCAUACUCAUGAUAUUAUGAAAAUUAAAGUAAAAAAUCAAUAAGGAGAAAUAAUUAUAGAUUAAAUUAUUGAUACAUUUUAACAUCAAAAUUAUAAUUUAUUAUGGAAUGAAGAUUUUAAUACUUUAGAAUUAAGUUCUAGCAAAAAAAUAAGUUAUUAAAUAGAAGUUAUAGAUUAGACUGAUAUAAUUACUAUUGAAAGUAGUGAUUUAGCUAUGGGAUAACAAUAUGGAAUUGUAAAUUAUAAAUUGAAAUUACCUGAUAUUUAAGAUAAUCAUUUUACAGUAUCAGCAGAUAGUGGAGAAGAUGUUUAAGUUUAAGUGAAAUCAUGUAAAGGAAAUAAAUGUGAAGCAAUUGAAAAAAUAAAAAAUGGAGAAUCAUCAUAAUCUGUUGAAUAAAAAUGUGAUUAUCCAGAUAAAGAUAAAUUUUGUUGGUUUGUGAUUGCUAUUAAUACUUAAGGAAUAUAUAGUUUAAAUAUUGAUGAUAAUAAUGAAGCCUACAUGCUUACAGAAAAUUAAAUGAUUAAUUCAGAAAUAGAUGAAGAAUAGAAACAUCAUUAUAAAUUUAAUUUAGCAAAUUCAUAAAAUUAUAGUUCAGUUAUUUUUAGAGUUACUUCUGAAAAUGUUUAAAUUUUAAUAAGUAAAUCAUCUAAAUGUUAAUUGGUUAAUUGGAAAUGUUAUGAAUAUAGUGGAACUAGUGAAUAACCAAUUAGUUUAAGUGAUUCUUAAUUAAAAGAUGGUUAAUAUUCUAUUACUAUUGAAGGUAUGGAAUUAGCAAAAUAUGGAUUUAUUAUAGAAACUCAUCCAAAAGAUAAAAUCAAUAUAGUUAAUAUUAAAAAAGGAUAGAUUUAUAAAUCAUCUAUCAAUUCUAAUUAAAAAAAAUAAUGUUUUAAAUAUGAAUAAACUACUAAAGGUGUUUUAACACUUUUAAUACAUGGACCAAAUUAGAAACUUAUUAGUUAUGCUAAUAUUGAUACUGAUGAUGAAAUACCAACAAAAGGAGAUUAUGAUGUAAUUACAGGAAAUUCAGCUUUAUAAUUAGUUAGUGAUAGAUUUAUAGCAUGUGUUGAAAUGUAAAUUUAAAAUAAUUAAGAUGUUAAAAAUGAAACUUAUUAUAAUGAUAUCAAAUAUUCACUUAUUUUAUAUGAUGCUUAAUCUGUUAUUAAUUUAGAAUUCAAUUCAGCUUAUUAUGGAUAAGUAGCAUUUACAGAAUAAUAAAGAUUCUCUUUUUUAAGUUAUUUUGAUGAAGAUGUUGUUUAUAUAACUAAAAACAUAUUAUCAAGUGGAGAUGUCAAUAAAGAAUUAUAAGUUUAUAUUGGUAAUAUGUUAUAUGAAAAUUUGGAUUAAUAUGAUUAUAAAUUUUUUGAUAAUGAAGUUAGUACAUUUUCACUAUCGAGUGAAAAAAUGAAGAAAUUAUGUGAUAUAGAUGAAGAUGAAUCAACUAGUUUUGAACAUAAUCGUAUCACUCAUCUUUGUGAAAUAUUUAUUGUUGUUAAAAGUUUAUCUAAAACUCCAGUUAGAUAUACUUUAACAAUUCAUAAAUAAGAUUUGGCAAUUCAAUUAACUGAUGGAUUAUAACAAUCAUAUAAUUUAUAACACAUUGAAGAAUUUAUGCAUUUCUAUUAUUAACCUAAUUCUAAAUCUAUUGAUGUUAAUUUAUUUGCAUCUACUUUUUAUGGUAAAUUUGUUUUACAUAUAAAUAUUUGGAAAUUAGAUACUAUUAAACAUAAAUCUGAUUGGCCAUUUAUUGAUAAAGAAGAUGAUUCUGAUAUAUCUAGUGGAUCAACAAAUUAAAUACAUAGAACUAUUAAAUCAACUGCAUUAGAUUAAUGUUGGCCUGAUUGUGUAUUAUUGAUAUCUAUUUAAAGUGUAUAAGAUUCUUAACUUAAUGUUUAUAAUUAUAAUGAUUAAUUUCAUAUUAUGAUUAAUUAGGGAAUGUAAGAUGUAAUUGAAGGUUAAAAAUAUGAAGUUUCAAUUAAAAGUGAAGAGUGUGUUUAUUUUACAUUUAAAAAUUUAUAAAAAUUUAGAGAUGAUGCUUAUUUAACAUUUUCUUUAUUAUAAAUUAUUGGAAAUGGUUAUUUUGCAAUUACUGUAAAUGGUGGUGAUAAAUUUGAAUAUCCAAAUUUAUAUGGAUCUUUUGAUUUUCAUGCAGAUGGAACAUAUUUUUAAUUAUCUAAAGAUAAAUUAAAUGAAAAAUUAAAAGAAAAAGAAAUUUCAAUUCAAGAUGCUUAUUUGAUUAUUUCAAUUUCAGGAUUAUAAAGUUAUUACAAUUCAAUUUAAUAAUCUAUUAAAUUAGAAUUUACAAUUUCAUAUAUGAAUAUGGAUUACAUUUAAAUUAUGCAUAGUCAACCUAAUACAAUAAAUGCAAAAUAUCAUUAACCUACUAUUGUUUAAUUUUAUAAUUAUCUUAAUCAAGAUAUCUUUUUUAAAUUACAUAGAUUUUUAGGAUAUGGAUCCAUGUCUGUUUUUAUAUGUAAUAAAUAAAGUAAUAUUGCUGAAUGUGUAAAAGAUAGUAAUGAUGCAGAAUUUAAAUAUCUUGAUACUGUUUUAGCAGCUGGUAAUGAAAAUUCAUAAAUAUUAAUUAAAUCUAAUGAUAAAACUAAAUUCUGUAUUUAUUGCACAUACAUUAUUAAAAUUGAAUCUUAAGAAAGUGAAUUACAUGGUUAAUUAACUGUAGUCUUAGAUAAUGAUUUUGUUAAAUUACCAGCUGGAGUAUAAUACAGUGAUUAUGUAGAAAAAUAAAGUUCAUCUUAAUUUUCUAUUUUCUUUACUUAAGAUAGUAAAAUUGAAAUAUUUAUAUAAAUAUUUACAGGAGACCCUAUUAUUUAAUAUUCAUUUAAUUAAGAUAAUCUUAAUUCAAGUAAAGUUAUUAAGGCAUAACCAAAUAACAAAUAUAUUCAUAUUACUGUCCCAAGUUAAAAAUUAUUAAAUGAUUUAGAAGAUAUUGCUUAAGGAUUAUUAAAUAAAAAUAAAAAUAAAAAAUAAGAAGAUGAAAUUGAAAUUGGUUUAUUACCAUCUCAUUUUGUUCAUGAUGAAUUAUUCCUCAAAGUUACUACUAAAUCAAAUGAUCCAUGCAAUUAUACAAUUUAUUAUACAAGUGAUUUUGUUAAUGGAAAAUUACAAGAUGGUAGAAUACAUUUAGCAAUUAUAGAAAAUAAUAUUACAUUUUUGUAUGAAAAUUAUGAUCAAUAGAUAUCAGUACUCAAUCUAUCUCCUUUAAAUUAAACAUCUCUAUAAGAUAUUGAAAUAAAAGUACUUUAUAUUAAAAAAUAAUCAUUUGAUGAUUAUCAUUAUGAAUUUUUAGAAGAAAUACCAAUUAAAACUAGAUUAAUACAUCCUUUAUCAAGUAGUUAUGAAUUACCAAAAGAUAAUGGAAUCUAUGAAAUUAUCUUAAAAAAUAAAAAGUACAUUGAAAAUGGAGAAGGAACUAAUCCUACUUAAUUUAUUGAAAUAAGUGCCUCCACUAAUGAUAUAAGAAUCUUACCAAUCUAAAGACAUCAUAGUGGUUAUAUUUAACCAACUGAAUUUGAUUAUUAUGAGACUUAUGCUCCAUCUGAAGGUUAUUUGGCUGUUGAACUUUACUCAUGUUCAUCUGAUAUCAACUUUAGCUUCUCUAAAGCUGAUAUUAAAUCUUUUAUUGAUGAAGAUUAUGAUGAAUCUGUAGAUAUACCAGAAAAGGAUUAUCAUGUUGAAAUGAUUUCAGUAGAUAAAGGAACUCUGUGGAUUGCCAUAAAAGGAAUCUCUACUACACCAGCCUAUUAUCAUAUAACUAAUCAUUUCUAUUAAAAUAAAAAAGAUAUACCUUUUGGUAAAAUUAUGGCUGGCAAUGAUGGUCAUAUUAAAUGGCAUUUAGAUAAAUCAAAAGCUGAUUCAAUAUAAAUUGAAUUUGAACAUGCUACAUGUAAUAAAUGUAAUUUGGAUGGAGUCUAAAUUAAUUAUCACAUUUUUAUUGCUCAAGAUGAAAAGAAAUUAUAAAUGUUAGGUUAUUGUGGUAAUGAAUAAUUUGAAAAUCAUAAGGCUGAUGAUGAAAAAAUAUUCAAAAAGAGUAUUCAAUCAUAUCGUUUAGCUGAUCAUAAUGGAAGUAUUGUUUAUGAAAUUGAAUUUCCUAAUUUAGUUACAUAUGAAUAUGCAUCAGUUGGAGUAUUUGCUACUGUUGAUAAUUUCAUGAAGUACUAAUAUUAUUCUUAUUAUAGUUCCACUUCCUAAAUGAAAGUAUUUUAUAGAACCAUACAAGUACCUGUACCAAAUUAUUUUGCCAAAUUUUUAAAUCAUAAUAGAACAUUUUUUACCUUCUUAAUAUUUGGAAUGAUUUUGCUUAUAGCACUUUUGACUCUCUGGUUAUGCUAUUAUAUAAAACGGUAAAUAAAAUAAUUUAUAUAUACUUAGAUAUAGAAAUACAAAAAAUAAAUUAGAUUUUCAAUUAGAGUAGGGUGCUAAAAUUAUUGCCUCUAGCAGAUUACCUUAGAAUGAUGAUGCAGCAUUCUAAAAUGAUUUCAAAAUGAAAUACUAGACAUUUGAAGAGGAUUGA